AUGACAACAAUUGGAUAUGGAGAUAUUGUGCCAAUUACAGAUCUUGAAAGGAUAUAUAUCUCGAUAGUUAGUCUGAUAUCUUGUGGCUUAUUUGGUUAUUUUAUUAGUCAAAUAAAAGAAAUAGUAGGGGAAAUUUAAAGAAAGUCUGAAACCUUUAACAAAAAAAUGCAAGCAUUAAAUAAGCUAAUGAAUUCAAGGUAACUAAAUAAAAAAAUAACGUAUCAAGUAAUUAAAUACUAUGAAUACUUACACAAAUAAUCUGAUUACAGCUUAGAAGAAGAAGGGCUCAGAAUGAUAGAUGAUUUACCUAAAUCCAUGAGUAAUUGCAUAAAAUUUGAAAUAAAUCACAAAUACUUAUAUUCUCAAAAGAUAUUUUCUUUAAAUUUCAUGAAGCCUUUUCUAAAUGAGCUCUCUUUGAAGAUUAAGUUAUUAAAAAUUGGCCCAGAUUUCAAAAGGCAUAGACAAAAAAGUUCUAAUGCUUAUUAAUUUUACAUUAACUCAGGAUCAGAAAUAGAAAAAACGCUAAAAAAAUGA